CGCAGAGCGGAGAGAUGAAGAGAUUCAUUUGAGCGCAGAGCAGUCAUGAGGAGAGCGUUUAACAGUGUGACCCAGGUUCGGGCUCAAGUCCUGGGUUCCAGGGGAAGGGGACCCUGCUCAGCUGGAGCUCAGAGACUGGCACACUCCUGUACAGCUCUGGUGUACAGACAGCAUGGGGCACACGCUGAUGUGGUCAGGAUGGAGGAACUGCCCUUACCCGCUGUAGGCCCACACUCUGUCAGACUGAAGAUGCUUGCGGCACCGGUGAACCCAGCUGACAUCAAUAUGGUUCAAGGGACCUAUCCGAUUCUCCCACCAUUCCCCGCUAUAGGAGGAAAUGAAGGAGUCAGUGAGGUGGUUGAAGUUGGCAGUGGAACCACCUCAUUGAGCCUUGGGGACUGGGUGAUCCCUGUGGAUGCAGGUUUCGGAACAUGGAGGACGGAGGCGGUGUGUGACGCGGAUGAGCUCAUCAGGGUGCCUAAGGACAUCUCCCUGCUCGGAGCCGCCACCAUCGGAGUGAAUCCCUGCACCGCCUACAGGAUGCUGCACGACUUUGUGCCCCUAUGCCCGGGGGACACUGUAAUUCAAAAUGGGGCUAACAGCGCAGUGGGCCAAGCUGUCAUUCAGAUUGCCGCAACCAUGGGGGUGAAGACCAUCAAUGUCAUCAGAGACAGACCCAACAGGUGGAACUUGGUAGAAGAGCUUAAGUCUAUGGGAGCGGAUUACAUAGUGACAGAGGAGGGUCUGCAGAGCUCGGAGAUGGAGACGAUGUUUAAGGAUGUCCCGAAACCGAAACUGGGCCUGAAUUGUGUUGGGGGACAAAGUGGCGGACUUCUCCUCUCCCACCUUGAUAACGGGGCCACGCUAGUGACAUACGGUGGGAUGGCAAAGAAACCACUUCCACUUCCAGCCAAAUUCCUCAUAUUUAAAAACAUAACCUUGCGAGGGUUCUGGAUGACACAAUGGAAAAGAAACAACAGAGAAGAUCUGCCCCGGCUGCAGUCCAUGGUGAGCACCCUCUCUGGUCUGGUGAGCUCCGGGCAGCUCUCUGCCUCUCAGUGUGUCCAGGUUCCCUUCAGCCUCUACAGACAGGCCCUGGAGGCCACCGUGAGCUCUCAUCAGAGGAAACACAUACUGCUCAUGUAGAGCGACGCACGCGGAUACAAACACAGGCUAUGACCGAAGCGGCUUACUUGCCUACUAUCGAGUACACAACUUGUAUAAAGGAUUGAACCCGAGAGCGCUCAAGGAAAGAUAUGUGUUAGCUUUCGGGUCGAUUCCAGGUGCUCUUUGGAAAAGGGUGCGAACUCAACUAAAAAAAGACGAAUGUUACGAAUGCUAACACUUCCAUGUCGACAUGGGUCUAAGCCACUAUAGAUGAUGUGGCAUAAUUACUGUAAAAAGCCUUUAUUUUAGUGGCAAAAAAGGAGUAAAAACAGAGGUACAAAGAAAGCAACCUACGUGUUAUGGUAAACAACUGGUAUGCAACUUGUUUACCAUCUUGCAUAUGUCCUCAGAGAAUGCUCAAAUGCCAUGUUCAUUUAUAUAUAUUUGAUGUUAUUAUACAAGAUGUAGACAACUUUCACUAGUCAUUCAGUCCAUAGAUAUAAUCCUCAACUCUACCGUUCUAUACACAAAUAACUGACCCUCAACAAUUGACACAUUCAUUUCAGAACUUACACACUUGUAAUAAAAUCCAUCUCACUCCCAAGGCCAGCAUACUUUAAGCAUAGGUUUAUUUACAAAAAUGGUUAGUGGUCAUUUCUUAAGCAUUAGGAACACGUACAGUGCAGUACACAAAGAUAUUCACAGUACAAAGCACAAAAUGAAGGCAAGUCAAGUUAUCAUCUUAAUCCUUUUUCGGACAAUCUAUGAAAUGAGCAGAACCCAAUUAUACAUUUUCCGUUUAAUUUUCAAGUACGUCAUAAAUAAUCGUACGCAUUCGGUCACACUUUAUUUAUUUUUUUAAACAUGCAUAUUCCUCAAAAUAUCCCAGCUUAGGAAGGGAUUUGCUAGGAUUUGCUGGAGAUCCAUGUUUAAAACUUUACCAUUCAAAAAAGGUCGAUUUAAGAUUGACACUGCAGUAAAUGCUAGCUCAUCCCCCCUCCCCCACCACCACCCCAACACACACAUACACACACACUCUUGGCAGUCUCUAUGUGUAAAUGAAAGGACAAACCGCAACAUAUCGGGGGACCAUGACUACCGGAAUGUUUUUUUUUUGUUUUGUUUAUUUUCCCUUAUUUUUAUAUAUAUAUUUUAAAUGCCAGCUGAAAAUCAACAUGGAAAAACUGUAUCACUAUUAAAAUACUUAAGUGCUCCCAAACCCCACAGAACCCUUACACACAUGUACUGAGAGCAUAUUAGCAAUGCAUUUGCAUAUAAGCUCAUUAAAUGUUGAAAGUCAUUUGGCAGAGAAUAUUAAUGUUUCAAGGGCAGUGGAAGUUAUCACAAUACAAUAAGCAGUAGUGUUAAUGUAUUGUGAGGACACUUUAGGAAAUGUUCUUAUACCUUUAAUCAAGUUAAAAAUGGAAAAUUGAUAACUUCUGUAUUAUUUAUAGAGAAAUGUUAUGGAAUAAACCAAUAUGAAAGAU